UAUUCAAUGGCUGGACAUGUAGAAAUCGUACUUAGUCUGAGACGUACCUCAUGCCCGCCUUCCCCUUGCCCCGCCUUCCCCCACAAGGUAUCAGGUGCAAAAAAAGCUUGGUAUUCCAUGUCAUUCGAUCGAUCGAAUCAGCAGCCAUCCCGGAAAAUACUUUCUCGGUGUGUGCCGCCCUAGCUAGACACUACGUACGUACUGUGCUGUUCUGUACUGUGCAUCGGCCUCCUCUCCGCUCUUGCGGUACACCCCACCCAUCCUCCCUUCUCAUUAGAUAGUCAUACUCCUUUGCGAUGGACGAGAACGUUUUGUAACUUGCAGGCAGGCAGGCAGGCAGAUGGUUCGUGAACUAGAGCAG